AUGGAAAGAAUAAUUGGGCUUAUUGAUAUGGAUUGUUUUUAUGCUCAAGUUGAACAACGAGAUAAACCUGAACUAUGGGGAAAACCAGUAAUUGUCGUGCAGCAUUCACGGCGAGGUGUUCAAGGAGGAAUUCUUGCUGUAAGCUACGAAGCCCGAGGUUUCGGAGUAAAAAGAGGAAUGACAGUAGCUGAAGCCAAACAAUUAUGCCCUGAUUUAGCGACAUGCCUUGUUCCCAUUGGAGAAUACGCUGAUAAAGCUGACAUUCAAAAAUAUAGAAAUGCCAGCGCCGAAGUUUUCGAUGUGUUAAACAACUUUGAUUCAAAUAUUGUGGUUGAAAAAGCGUCUGUCGACGAAGCAUUUUUAGAUCUUUCCAUUUAUGUCGACAAUAUCAUUGAAAAAUUUAAAGAAGGCGUCGAUUUGAUUCUACCUGAAUUCCUCCCAAGUUCCCAUAUAGCCGACGGACAUGAUAAAAAUGAGAACGACGAUGAAAGAAUAAGUCGUAUAUCAACAUUUCUCGAGUCGAGUCAAAAUGAUAUUUCUUUACUACGCCUUGCAAUCGCCGCCUUAACCAUAGAACAAAUCCGAAAGCAAAUUCGCGACAAAACCCAAUUUUUCUGCUCAGCGGGAAUAGCUAACAAUAAAAUGAUGGCAAAAUUAGUGUGUGCGCGUCAUAAACCACGACAACAAACAAUAGUGCCGUUCAAAUAUGUUCGAGAGAUUCUGAAAACCACACCGAUACGGGAUGUGCGUGGAUUCGGAGGAAAAAUGGGACAAAAAAUUCAGGAACGUUUAAACAUUAUGACGAUGGGUGAAAUUUUGUCCAUAGAUUUUAAUAAAGUUGUUGAAUCAUUUCCGGACGAACACGAAUGGCUAUUAUCUGUUGCAGAAGGAUACGAUUCGGAACCGGUGAAAGCACGAUCUGAGAGCUCUUCAAUUGCUGUCAGUAAAAACUUUCCGGGUAGAAACGCUAUCAAUAUGGUACAGGAGCUUCGGCAAUGGUUAGAUGGACUCACUAAAGAAUUGGCUAAACGCCUAGUAACGGAUCAGCUUCAAAACAAGAGAACUGCUGAAAAUUUAGUAUUCGCUUUAGCCACUGAAGACGGACGUCCCCAAAAAACCUUAAAACUCGUUUCCUAUCAUCCCGAUAUUCUCAUCGAUAUGCUUUGGAAGGCAAUAAAACCACUGAACAAAGCAUCGGACGAGCAGACGUGGCAUCCCAAGAUUUAUAACCUUUACCUGGGCGCAACGAAAUUCGUGCCGGGAAUCCCCACUGCAAAUCGGGAUAUCACUGAAUGGCUUAAUUCCAAAGGAAAAAAAAGUUCGGAUGAACCUCUAACUGAUGAAAUUGUUUUUGUGCACGAAGAGAAAAAGGUCUAUUGUCCCCAACCAUCAACAAGUCGCUCGGAUUCGGUGAUUGUUUUGGACGACGAUGAUGAUGACGAGAAAGAAGUUCCAAUCACUGAAGAUGACGAGGAAUACAUCGAAGUCGAUGGAAAGCGAUUUUCCAAAACUGUAUUCAAAAAUCUUCCUGUAAUGCUUCGAAAGCAAUAUGAACACAAAAUUGCCCUUGAAACCGCGAGAAAACUCAAAAUGAAUGCGAAGAGCAGCCGGAAGCGUGGGAAUUCAUUGGUGGCCGCUGAGCAGUCGCACAUGAAGAAACAUAAACCUUUAACCUCGUUUUUUCGCAAGAAAUAA